AUGUCUGCUACUAAGUUGAAGGUCGGCUGUGCUGGUCUCGGCCGCAUGGGCAAGCGCCAUGCCCUGAACUUCCUUCAACGGACCCCCCGUGCCGACCUCGUCGCAGCUAGCUCGCCGGACGACACGGAACUGGAAUGGGCCAAGGUCCACCUCGCUCCUUACGGCGUGAAGCUAUACAAGAACUACGAUGACAUGCUUAAACAUGAGGGCUUGGAAGCUGUUGUCGUUGCUUCUGCCACCGCCGUGCAUGCCGAGCAGGCCAUCAAGGCCAUCGCAGCCGACAAGAACGUCUUGUGUGAGAAGCCGCUGUCCACAAGUGUGGAAAUUUCUCAAUCUGUCCUGGACGCCGCCUCCAAGAAACCUCACCUCAAGGUGAUGUGCGGUUUCUCCCGCCGCUUCGAUGCCUCCUACCGAGAUGCCUUUAUCAAGAUGUCUGCCGGCACCAUCGGCUCACCCUCCGUCAUGCGCAGUCAGACCUGCGAUAAACUCGACCCGACCGGCUUCUUCGUCGCCUACGCCGAGUUCUCCGGCGGAAUCUUCGUGGAUUGCUCCAUCCACGACAUCGACCUCGCCCUCUGGUUCUUCGGCCAAGACAGCAAGGUCAAGACCGUGUCGGCAGUGGGUAUCACAGCCGUGGAGCCCGAUCUUCGCAAGCACAACGACCGUGACAACGCGGUCGGACUUGUUGAGUUCUACAACGGCAAGAUCGCCUACUUCUACGCCUCGCGCAUGAUGGCCGCCGGCCAGGAAGAUACAACCGAGAUCGUCGGCACGCAAGGAAAGCUGGCGGUGAACACGCAGCCGGCGCUGAACCUGGUCAACAUCUACGACAGCGCGGGUAUCCGCCGCGAGGUGCCCCAGCACUACUAUGACCGGUUCGAGUAUGCGUUCGUCACCGAGGCCAACGAGUUCACGGCGGCCUGCCUGGAGAACACCGCCGUGCCGUUGAAGCUCGAGGGCGCCGUGCAGGCCGUGCGCAUCGGAGCUGCGCUCCAGGAGGCGCUCAUCACGGGGCAGAAGAUCUUCUUCGACGAGCAGGGCAACCGCGAAGAAAAGUCCCGACUCUAG